AUGAAAAAUGCAAUUACAUUGGUAGUCUCGCCAGGGACCAGUGGAAACAUAACUGAAAUGCUUAGCAAGUACAUAUUUUUUGCUGACAAGGUAGAAAUUCAAGACAUCACUAAGCAAACAAGCUUGUUUGUACUGGUGGGACCUAAAAGCAACCAAGUGAUGGAGGAUUUAAAUCUUGGAGACCUUGUUGGACAGCCAUAUGGCUCACAUAAGCAUUAUACUGUGGGUGGGAUGCCAUUAACAAUAGGAGUGGGAAGCCUCAUCUCUGAAAAUGGUUUCUCAAUGUUGAUGUCACCUGCUGCUGCUGGACUUGUAUGGAGCGCUCUUUUAAAUCAAAGGGCAAUCCCAAUGGGUUCUAGUGCAUGGGAAACAUUAAGGGUUCUUCAAGGAAGACCAGCUCCUGGUAAAGAGCUUACUAAUGAAUUCAAUGUUUUGGAGGCUGGUCUUUGGAAUGCAGUUUCUCUGAAUAAAGGAUGUUAUAAGGGGCAAGAAACCAUUUCAAGACUUAUAACAUAUGAUGGUAUCAAGCAGAGACUGUGGGGGAUUCGUCUAUCAUCACCAGCGGAACCAGGCAGCCCCAUUACGUUUGAUGGGAAAAAGGUCGGGAAACUGACCAGCUAUGCAUCUGGCAGAAAAAAAUCAGAGUAUUUUGGUUUGGGCUAUAUAAAGAGGCAGGGUGCGUCUAAAGGGGACACUGUAAUUGUUGGAGACAACAUUUUAGGGACAGUUGUUGAAGUUCCUUUCCUUGCUCAGCAGUGUCCGCCGUUAACAAACUCCAAACCUUGA